AUGAGUAAAUAAAAGAAAUUUAGUUUUAUAAGGUAUUUUGACAUUUUCGCACCUCCUUAUUAUUAAAAGAUAAACUAAGAUCACUACAAAAAGAAAACAGUUAUAGGUGGUGUUUUUUCUAUUAUCUAUGUUUCAGCUUCUUUAGGUUACUUUUUAUAUUUGAUGAUUUAUUUUUACUAAGGAAAGAUUUCUCCUAAAUUUAAUCAAUUUGACGAAGUAUAAGAUGAAGGAAUCGAGUAUUAAAUAGCAAGUGAAGCUCUGUUUAUUUAAAUAUUGUAGGAUGGAGAAGAUAUAAUAGAAAUAGAAAAAUAAAAUAAAAUAUAAUACUUCGAUAUAUAUCUAAAAAAUCAAGAUCGCUAAAUAAAUUCAUACUAUUAUGAUAACUUAAUCAGAUUUGGAGAAUCAGGCAACACAUAUUUAUCUCUUAAAAGCGAAAUGAUCCCUUUAUAAGGAGAUGGAAUAGAAUUUACUAUUGAAAAGUGUUCUGGAAAUUUAUUAAGAGAUUAAACUUAUAGGUGUGCUUCAGAAAAUGAGAUUUAAGAGCUAUUAUAGAAAUAAGAUUUAGGUGUAAUCCUUUCGAUAGGUGACUUAAGUUUUUCUAUCAAAAAUAAUGAGAAAAAAACUAGAGUAUUUCUUUCUAUUAGUUCAAUUAGUUUGAAUUCAUAAGCGAUAAAUCUAAUCAAUCUGCAAUUACAGUAAAUCCAAGUCCAGAAAGGUUUAUUGUUCUAAACUUCUAAAAAAUAUGUUUAAAUAGCUGACUUAAGUUAAUAAACAGCAUAAUACACUAAUCGAUCUCCUAAAGGUCAACCCUUUUGCUCCAUGAUGGUUAUUUUAAACAAUGUAGUUAAAUAAACUUAAGUUUAAUACCCUUUACUCUCUGAAGUAUUAGCCUACGUUUGGGGUAUUGCUUCUAUGCUAUUACUUACAGGUUAUAUUUUUAAGUGCAUCGCAGAAGCCACACUUGCAUAGGACUUUUUAGGUAUUCAAUUAAAAUAUUACUACAAAAAAACAGCCAUCAGAUUAUUUGGUAAAGCGGAUAACGAAAAAAUAAAUAAUACCAUUAUUGAGUCAAAGUAAGAAGCUGAAGCAAUUUUAAAAUAAAAUGAGACAAACAAAGAUAUGUGUGUAUUCGAAAUGCAAAAGGAGUUUCUAAAAAUGAGGACAGCAAUAAAGCUAUUGCUAACACCAGAGCAAUACUCUGCGAUUCAAAUGUGUGGCUGUGAUUUAAUUAAUGAAGAAUUAAAUUAUUAAAAUGAUUAAAAUGAAGAUUAGAAAGCAAAAGAUAAUGUUAGCAAUUCGUAAAAAGAAAUGGAUGACAAAGUUUUGGAUCUUGAAAUUUCAGAUAUUCAUUCCCCUUUAAACAAAUAUUAACUUGAUUAAUCCAUCUAAGAAGUAUCUUAACAAAAAGCUUUAAAUCAUUUAGAAAUAAUGAAUAAAGUAGAUACCGACAAUCCAUAUAGAUAGGAUUGCUUGCAGAGGUUCUUAAAUGAUAACUAAUUUAAUUAUAGCAAAGAUUAGCAGGAAAAUUUAAUUUUUGACGAAGAUGCAUCAAGCUUAGGUUCUGGUUUAGGUUAGUGUACUAAUCUCUCAAAUUUGACACUUAAUCUUUAUUGGAAUAGAAUUGGUGACAAAGGUGCAUUAGACUUAGGUUUUGGUUUAGGAAAGUGCACUAGUCUCUCAAAUUUGACACUUUAUAUUUAGCGUAAUUUAAUUGGUGGUGAAGGUGCAUCAGGCUUAGGUUCUGGUUUAGGAAAGUGUACUAAUCUCUCAAAUUUGACACUUAAUCUUGGGCAUAAUUAAAUUGGUGACGAAGGUGCAUCAGGCUUAGGUUCUGGUUUAGGAAAGUGUACUAAUCUCUCAAAUUUGACACUUUAUCUUUAGCUUAAUUAAAUUGGUGUCGAAGGUGUAUUAGGCUUAGGUUCUGGUUUAGGAAAAUGCACUAAUCUCUCAAAUUUGGCACUUUAUCUUUGGCAAAAUUAUUUUGAUAACGAAGGUGCAUCAAGCUUAGGUUCUGGUUUAGGAAAGUGCACUAAUCUCUCAAAUUUGACACUUGAUCUUUGGGAUAAUUAAAUUGGUGACGAAGGUGCAUCAGGCUUAGGUUCUGGUUUAGGAAAGUGUACUAAUCUCUCAAAUUUGACACUUAAUCUUUAGUAUAAACAGUUUACUUAUUGA